UAUGAAGAGCAGGAAAAGAUCUUCAUCUUCACCACCAACAACAACAUCAUCAGUUCAACAUCUUACAACAACAAAUUAUAAAGGAACUAAAUUCAGGAAAGAUAGUAUUAGAGUUGAAAGAAGCUCUUCGGAAAACUACCCUUGAGGUAGUUCAGAUGGAAUGGAUACAUGUGAUAAUAGUUUGAACCCAUCAUAUAACAGAAGAAUCACAUAUGAGAAGUAUCUUGAUACUAGUGACAACUUGUAUCCAAUCUUUUUAAAUCUCAGCAGGUCUAAGUUAUUGGAAAAUAUACAAUCUUCCAUUUCAAAAAUCACGUCGUCAAGGGAUAGCCUUCAGUCUUGCGAACAACCUUCUUUUAUUGCCCAAGGACAGCUUGAGAGAGCAAUGGGUUGGGCUUGCGAGGGUCCAAACUCAAGUAGUUCUGGAAAUUCCUCAACUAAAAAUUCAGGAAUUCCUCCCAAGUUCCAUGAACAUAUUAAGAAAUGGAGGGAGAUUGUAUGAGAAUCUAGAGAAAAAGGAUCAUAUAUUGUGAAGUUAUGCAUGUCAGUAUUGAUUUUUCUUCAACCCAUCAAUGGAAUAUCACAGCUUUUGGUUCAGAAGAAAUGUAGCAGAAAAGCAUUCAGGUUCAGAGCACAAGCUGUUCCCUCCAAAACCCAGAGGAUAAUGGAGAGUGUUUCUGUGAGUGGUGAAGUUGGUGGAGCUGGAGGAGCAUACUCGUAUGAAGCUUUGAAAAGAUUAGACCAGCUAUGGUCAAAUAUUUGUUCACCUCAAGAAGUUGUGCAGGAACCUCAACAAAUUGUCUCAACAAUACCAAGCUUGUUUACCUCAUCUGAUCUUGCUGAUAAAAUAGAAGGUUCAUAUGAUGUGUUAGUGUGUGGAGGAACUCUUGGAAUUUUCAUUGCCACCGCCUUGUGCGCAAGGGGUCUUCGAGUGGCAAUUGUGGAAAGGAAUGUAUUGAAAGGGAGAGAACAAGAAUGGAACAUAUCAAGAAAGGAGCUUCUGGAACUUGUUGAAGUUGGAAUCUUGGAAGAAGAUGACAUUGAAAGAGUCACAACAGCAAAAUUUAAUCCUAAUAGAUGUGGAUUUGAAAGCAAAGGAGAUAUCUGGGUCAACAACAUUCUUAAUCUCGGUGUUUCGCCUGUUAGGCUUAUAGAGAUUGUAAAGAAACGUUUUAUCUCCCUCGGUGGAGUCUUUUUUGAGGGUUACAGUGUCUCCUUCAUAAAUGUAUACGAGGAUGCUGCUGUUCUGAAACUUUCUGGGGGCAAAGUCUUGUCAUCUCGUCUUAUAAUUGAUGCCAUGGGGAACUUUUCCCCUGUUGUAAAACAGAUAAGACGUGGGAGGAAGCCUGAUGGUGUUUGCCUUGUUGUUGGAACCUGUGCACGUGGCUUUGAGAAUAACUCCAAUAGUGAUGUCAUAUUCAGCAGCUCAUCAGUAAAGAGAGUUGGUGAUUCAAAAGCACAAUAUUUUUGGGAGGCAUUUCCAGCAGGAUCAGGUCCUCUUGACCGUACUACUUAUAUGUUCACUUAUGUAGAACCUCAACCAGGAUCGCCAAAAUUGGAAGAAUUGUUGGAAGAAUACUGGAAUCUGAUGCCAGAAUAUCAGGGUGUUCCACUUGACAAUCUAGAGAUACUGAGAGUUAUUUAUGGCAUCUUUCCCACAUAUCGUGAGAGCCCGCUACCAGCUGCUUUUAGUAGAGUUUUGCAGUUUGGUGAUGCCAGUGGUAUACAAUCGCCUGUAUCAUUUGGUGGUUUUGGAAGCUUGACCAGGCAUCUUGGGAGACUGUCAGCUGGAAUACAGGAAGCAAUCGAUGGUGAUUAUCUUGACUCAUACAACCUCUCUCUUCUGAAUCCAUACAUGCCCAACUUGAGUGCUUCAUGGUUGUUCCAAAGAGCAAUGUCAGCAAAACAACAGUCCGAUGUUCCCGAAGAUUUUAUCAAUGAACUUCUUUAUGCCAACUUUAGUUGUAUGCAGAGGCUUGGAGAUCCAGUGCUACGACCAUUUCUGCAGGAUGUUGUACAGUUUGGGGCACUUUCGAAGACACUAGGCCUGGUUAUGUUAACACGGCCUCAAAUACUCCCAUCCAUAUUCAAACAGGUUGGUAUUCCCGUACUACUCGAUUGGUCCAGACAUUUUCUGAUGCUUGGCUAUUACACCUUUCUCGCGACCUUUGCUGAUCCUGCUGUGAGGCCAUUUUUGAAUACACUUCCAUCGAUGACGAGUUUCCAGUGGAAAAGACAUCUUGAGGCAUGGAAAUAUGGAGCUGGUCUUGAUUACAAGCUAUAAUUAGGAACUAUACGUAUACACAUGGUUCAUGUUUAGAGCCAAACUUAUUGUCACUUGUGUACUAACAUGUGUUGGUUUCGUUGACUUUUCAUUUUUACAAUUUUCUAAAAAUUAUAACAGAUUCUUUUAUCAGUCUCAUAGCAUCUCCAACAGUAUUCUUAAGUGAGUUCUUAGAUUUAAGAAUCGAUUAUUCCUGAGUUAUACAAUUGGAGCAUGUUAACAUGGAUUCUAGCCGUGAGAA